AUGUCACUCAGCGUCAUUAUCCCGGAUCUCUUAUUACCGCAAGACUCUGUCAAGCUGGGCCGUUUCAUUACGAACAUUGAUCAUCCACACCAGGGAUACCACGACCCCUCGUGGACUGAAGCACCAGAGCCCAUCAUAACCCUCCGCGAAGGAUUCACCGGGUCGAAUACUAAAGAAAAUGACACUGGCUUCAUAUCCGCACUCACGUCCCUUCUGUCAGUGGGAUUUGCCAGGCGAGCCAGGGUGGAGGUGGAGAUUACCGCAGACCAUGUCAGAACCUAUGUGCUCAACAACUCGGAUGAGUGGUUUGUCAAGGCCACCGAUUUUCUGGCGACCAAGACCUGGAUCGAGAGACAGGUGGACCGGGACAACGACAUGUUCAUGGCUGUGGGCUUCCACACUGUCACGAAUGCCCGCAUUGCCCAGCAGAUCGUUUCCGGAACAAAUACCCACGGCAAGACUCACGUCCCCACCGGCCUCUCGUUGGCUGCCUUGGGUCCUAUGGGGAGCAUUCUUAAGCCUUCGAUGCAGGCCAGUAAUGACUGA